CCUGCGUCCCUUCAUCCGCUCAGGCUGCACUGAUUGGUGAGACGGGCGAGAGAGAGAGAGACUGCACAUCCUCAGCAUGGCUGCGGUGCUGCUGCUGGUUUCUCUGCUCUCCCAGCUGUGCGCCGGGCAACUGGGCCACCCCGAUCCGCCCGGCAGGAUAGCUGUGGUCGGUGCUGGUAUUGGGGGCUCUGCCGUAACAUACUUUCUUCAUCAACAUUUUGGAUCACAGGUGCAAAUUGAUGUCUAUGAAGCAGACCGUGUUGGGGGGCGACUGGCCACAUUAACAGUGAAUAGUCAGCAGUAUGAGUCUGGCAGCCCUUCUCUUCACUCAUUAAACCUACACAUGCAAGACUUUGUCAAGGUUUUAGGGCUAAAGCAUCGUAGAGAUGUGGCUGGGAAGAGUGCUAUUUUCAGUGAAGAGCAGCUGGUUCUAGAGGAGACAGACUGGUAUCUCCUGAAUCUUUUCCGACUCUGGUGGCACUAUGGUAUCAGUUUUUUGAGACUGCAGAUGUGGGUGGAGGAAGUCAUGGAGAAAUUCAUGAGGGUGUACAAAUACCAAGCUCACGAAUAUGCUUUCUCAAGCAUAGAGGGGCUGCUGCGAUCACUGGGAGGGGAGCACUUUGUGAAUAUGACCCAGAAGUCUGUGUCAGAAUCUCUGCAGGGUAUUGGAGUGUCACAGCGGUUCAUUGAUGAUGUGAUCAGUGCCGUGAUGAAAGCCAGCUAUGGACAGUCAGUGACUAUUCCAGCAUUAGUUGGGGCCAUGUCUUUGGCGGGAGCCCAAGGAAAUAUGUGGUCUGUGGAGGGAGGUAACAAGCUGGUGUGUUCCGGUUUGCUGAAGCUGACAAAAGCCAAUGUGAUCCAUGCAAAAGUGACAGCAGUAUCUCUACACAACUCAGAGAAGAAGCGCCUGUAUGAAGUACAGUAUGAGCGAGAGGGAACUCUGGGUUCUGAUUACUAUGAUCUAGUGAUUGUGGCGGCUCCUUUGCACAAAGCUGGGUACCAGAUUUCAUUUCUGAACUUCCAGACUAAUUUUCCAGAGUCCAUAGGUUCUUAUCAUCGGGUGGUAUCUUCCAUUGUACAUGGCUAUCUCAAUUCCUCCUAUUUUGGUUUCUCAGAUCCCAAGCUUUUUCCUUUUGCCAGUAUCCUCUCCACGGAUACCCCAGAUGCUAUAUUUCAUAGCCUAGAAAGUCUAUGCCCUGUAAAUGUAUCCGUUGGCUUCCGACGCAAGCCCCCACAGGAAGCUGCAGUGUGGCGGGUUCUAUCGUCACGGCCAUUGGACAGAAAAGAACUCAAGACUCUGUUUAAGUCGUAUUACUCUGUUCAGGCAAUUGAGUGGCAAGCGUUUCCAAGCUAUGGGACCACCAGUUCUCUCAGAACAUUGCCUCCUAUUGUCCUGCAUGAUGGUCUGUAUUACCUGAGUGGUGCAGAGUGGGCUGCCAGCUCUGUGGAGAUGAGUGCAGUAGCUGCAAAAAACGUUGCUCUCCUGGCUUUCAAUCGCUGGUUUGAGCUUAAUGAGAAAAUAGACCAGCCAGACUUGAUGCACAAACUGAAGACGGAACUUUAGGGCAAACUGCCAUUAGCACAUGUUCUUGAGACUUUAUCAUGGCAUUAUGAUCUGGCUUUAUAUCCUCACAUCCUCUGUUCUACACUGGAAAGCUGGUUCUUCCGUAAGCUUUGUGAUUGGAACUUGGAAUUAGGUUGUAAAAACCUUAUUGGAUUUUGUGUUUGGAAUAACUGGCAGAUAUAAUUUUUUUUAACGAUAAUUACUCUUUACACUGGAGAAAACAGACAUCUGUGACUUUUUAAUCUUCUAGAAGUACAGUGCAGUUGUUUUUGUGGUGUUGUUUUUUUCAAGCAUUGUGAUUGUGUCUUGUUUAUACUUAUGUUGCCCAUAAUUUGACUUCAAAAUAAUUUUGGUAGGUCAAGUUGUACACAAGGAAACGGGUUGUUUGUGUGGUUCCACAAUUGUACAGCUUGCGCUGUUCAUUUCUUCACAAAUUGAAUAUUAUUUAUAAUUAAAAGUUCAUAUUUAUAUCUUUGAUGCCAGUAACAGGCAGCAGAGGCCCUAGUAGCAUAAAGCAUCCUAUGACUACACAUGGUGCAACAAAAUAAGCGUGAACCUAUCUGAGCAAAGAAUGCACAAUGUAGGGGAGAGAUAGUGAAGACACAAUUCACAUUUAGAGGCUUUGUAUCAUGAAAAGGUCACAUAUGCUCAGAAUCUAGUGGUGAUAAUAAACUGUAUAAUAUCAUGUA